AAUAUGCGCGGUCUAUCUUAAACCCGCGGCAUCACGAACGCUGAUGCCACUGAAACAGUGAAACUGCUCACUGAUCUCUGAAAGUUCAGCUUCUCCAUUUUAGCACUCUCUCGCAAUGUACAGAGCUGCAUUCUCCAUUGCUUCAGCCUUCAGGUCAUCUUGUUCAAGAAAACAGAUAGUUAGCAGGGUUAUAUCCAGCAUUCCAGCAGAAAUUAUGCUGCCAAGGAUAUCAGUUUUGGAACAAAGGCUCGAAUGGCCAUGUUACAAGGUGUUAAUGAGCUUGCAGAAGCUGUGAAGGUUACGAUGGGACCUAAGGGCCGUAAUGUGAUUAUUGAGAGCAGUGGGGGAAAACCAAAGGUGACAAAGGAUGGUGUCACAGUAGCCAAAAGUAUUAACUUUAAGGAAAAGGCAAAUAAUGUUGGUGCAGAACUUGUGAAGCAGGUUGCUAAUGCUACUAAUUCUGUUGCUGGAGAUGGUACCACUUGUGCUACUGUGCUAACUCAGUCGAUAUACACUGAAGGCUGUAAAGCAGUAGCUGACUAGCUGCUGGUGUUAAUGUAAUGGACUUGCGUAUUGGAAUUAAUAUGGCUGUUGAUGCUGUAAUUGCUGACCUGAAGAGCAGAGCGGUUAUUAUUACCACCCCUGAAGAGAUUUCACAGGUUGCAACUAUAUCUGCAAAUGGCGAGAGGGAAAUAGGAGAACUAAUAGCACAGGCAAUGGAGAAAGUAGGCAAGGAUGGAGUCAUUACUGUUGCUGACGGGAAUACCAUGGAUAAUGAGUUGGAAGUCGUGGAAGGGAUGAAGCUUUCUCGUGGUUAUAUAUCCCCUUAUUUUGUCACGAAUGUGAAGGCUCAGAAAUGUGAACUGGAAAACCCUUUGAUCCUUAUUCAUGAGAAAAAGAUCUCUGACCUGUACUCUGUUAUGAAAGUGUUGGAGAAGGCUGUGGAGAAUAGAAGAGCAUUGCUGAUUGUUGCUGAAGAUCUGGAGAGCGAUGCUUUAACAAUGUUAAUUCUCAACAAACAUAAAGCAGGGGUUAAGGUUUGUGCAAUCAAAUCUCCUGGUUUUGGGGAUAACAGAAGAGCCAACGUGGAGGACCUUGCAAUACUUACUGGAGGGCAGGUUAUUAGUGAGGAGCGAGGCUUAACCCUUGACAAAGUUACACUUGAUAUGCUUGGAACUGCAAAAAAGGUCACAGUGUAUGUUGAUGACACAAUAGUGUUACAUGGAGGUGGGGACAAGAAGCUAAUUGAAGAAAGAUGCGAGGAGCUACGGGCUGCCAUGAAUAAGCGUGGUCCCAUGUUUGAUAAAGAGAAAGCACAUGAGCGAUUGUCUAAGCUAUCUGGUGGUGUUGCUGUUUUUAAGGUAGGAGGAGUAAGUGAGGCUGAAGUUGGAGAUAGGAAGGACAGGGUUACAGAUGCUUUGAAUGCAACCAAGGCUGCUGUGGAAGAGGGAAUUGUUGCUGGUGGUGGCGCUGCGCUCUUACAUGCAACAAGGGUUCUGAAAAAACUUGAGACUGCAAACGAAAGUCAAAGAAGAGGAGUUCAGAUAAUUGAAAACGCUCUUAGGGCACCUGCUUUCACAAUAGCUUCAAAUGCUGGUGUAGAUGGUUCUUUGGUUGUUGGCAAGCUUUUGGAACAGGACAACCUUAAUUUUGGAUAUGAUGCAGUCAAAGAUCAAUAUGUGGACAUGGUAAAUGAAGGAAUUAUGGAUCCUCUCCAGGGAUGGAUUUAGGGGGGGGCGCGGGGGGGGGGGGGGGGGGGGGGGGGGCGACUGCCCCCCUUGGACUUUGAAAAAUUUCUACCAUAGUACCAUAUAUAUAAUAUUUUCAUAAAACUUUCAUAAUUUAAUUAGAUUCGCCCCCCUUAGUUUUUAAUUUUCAAAAUUAAUAUAUAGUCUUACAUAAUGUAAUACUUAAUUGGAUAUUUAAAAGAAAGAACAUCUAAUAUAAUUUACAUAACUCGUUGUUUAAGAUUUAGGAUACUUAUUAUAUAAGAAUUCCUAUUUUUGUAAUGUGUAAUUAUCUUUAUUAGAUAACAAGUACUCAAUUUUGUAAAAUAUAUAUCAAACAAUAUUAAAUACCAGACACACUAAUUACACAGUUUUUAGAUCACGUGAAAUGAAUCCAAAAUAUAAAUAUUAUUGACAUUAAAUUACAUAAUUCAUUUACUUCUUGCUUUCUAAAAAUAAUUUAUUGCAUAGAUAAUAAAAUUUAAAUUAUUAUAGCAUUACUACAAAUAUUAAAAUAUAAUAUGCACCAUAUAGUGUGUGUAUGUGGUGCAUAUUAUUCUAAAAAUAAUAAUCUCAUACAUACUACUAUUGUAAUAUUAAGAAAACUUCUCAUGAGUCAUGACUCACGAACACCCUCCUUGAUGGACAAAAAUUACAAUUCAAUAACCGAUUCAUAAGAUUAAACAAUAUAGAAGUUAUUAAAAAUGUAUUGGUUGAUGUAUUUGUCAUUGUCUAAAUUUAGAAUGUAAUAGAUUUAUAUGUCGUUGGGGGAUAUAUAUGUAUUAAUGUCAUUUUUUUAAUAAAAAUAGCCGCAUAGCCCUACAGUAGUGAAAAAAUUUUGCCCCGCUACACUAGGGGAAAAAAUUUCGUCUCACUACACUAACGAAAAAAAAUUUCACUCCCUACACUAACGAAAAAUUUCGCCCUCCUUGACCCAAAAUCCUGGAUCCGUCCCUGAUCCUCUCAAAGUGAUUAGAACAGCGUUGGAGGAUUCCGCCAGUGUCUCACUACUACUGACCACAACCGAUGCAGCUAUUGUAGACCAUCAAGGAGAGAAAAUCCCCUUUGCUAAGCGCAGGCCAAACAUCAGAUAUUAAGUUACUAUUGUCAUUAACUACACCAUAUCAUUGAGCUCUUACUAAUUUUAUUUAUUGUGGGAAGUGAAAGAUGUAAUAAAGCAAAAUGAUUCAUCAUGAGUCAUUCAGAAACAAUUUCUCUACGCUUUACUACAAGGCUAAGGUUAUGUACAUUCAACAUCUCCUUCAGUGCCGAGUUUUGCAGCACUGGGGUAAUGUUGUUGUUGGGAAGUGAAAGAUGUAAAUCUGUAGAGGUUGUCCCAACGACGCUUCUAGUGGCCUUAAGGUGACACUUUUAGUUGUGAGACUUCAUAUGAGUGUAAUACUUAACCUUAAAUGUUAAAAAAAGCGCUUAAGAAAAAUAGUGGCAUUUGCA